AUGGAGCAGCGCCGGCGCGAGCUGCGUCUCUUCGCCUACACCGGCGGCGUGGGUGUGGGCGCGCCGCGGUGGGCAUCGGCACCCUUCAUGCACCCGGGCGCGCUCGAUGUGGUGGCCAUGGACCCGGACCUCAAGGCCCGUGUCCACGAGGAUCUCGAGAACUUCCUCAAGGGCCGCGCCUACUACCACUGCCUCGGCCGAGUCUGGCGCCGGAGCUACCUCCUCUACGGUCCGCCGGGCACCGGCAAGUCCACGUUCGCGGCGGCCAUGGCGCGGUUCCUGGGCUACGACGCCUACGAUGUGGACCUAUCCCGCGCCGGCGGCGACGACCUCCGCGCGCUGCUCCUGCACACCACCCCGCGGUCGCUCAUCCUCGUCGAGGACCUAGACCGGUACCUGCUGCAGGCCGACGUGGACGGCGAGACGAGGGUGCUGAGCUUCAUGGACGGCGUCGCGUCGUGCUGCGGCGAGGACGGCUCGGUGCAUGAGGCCAGCACCAGCCGCUCGCCCCUUUCCGACCGCCCACCGCUGUGUCUUGUUCGGCCGCCCGCCGCUCACCAUUGCCCGCCCUUGCGCCACUGA